ACUCCUAGAUUCUUGAUGGAACAAGCGUAUUAAAGAAGAUGCCAAUACAAAUGGGUAGACUACAAUGUCUCCAGACAUUGACAAAAUUUAUUGUCAGCAAGCAUAAUGGGUCUCGCAUUGGAGAAUUGGGGAGACUUUUAAAACUCAAGGGAAAGCUUUCAAUUUGGGAUCUCCAAAAUGUUGAAUCUGUUAAGGAUGCUUUGGAUGCAAACUUGAAGGAUAGGGAUUACCUUGAAGAGUUGGUGUUACAAUGGAAUGAUACUUCAGAUAAAUUAAAUAUUUCGGACAUUCAAAGAGGUGUGCUCGAAAAUCUCCAACCUCAUAAAAACUUGAAACGUCUCACCAUCAACAACUAUGACGGGGAAAGUUUUCCAAAUUGGAUAGGGCUUCCUUUAUUCUCUAAUAUUACCUAUCUUGAUCUAAGAAAUUGCAAAUAUUGUUGUGCCUUGCCGCCACGUGGGCAGCUUUCUUCUCUGAAUGAACUCGUUAUUGACGGAUUUGAUGGAGUUGUUACAGUGGGACCUGAGUUUUAUGGAAAUAAUUCUUCUACAAUGAAGCCAUUUGGAAUGUUGAAGUCUCUAAGGUUGGAGAAUAUGUCCAACUGGGAGAAAUGGUUUCCUUUUGGUGCUGAAAAUGAAGGUGGAGCUUUUCCUCGACUUGAAAAGUUAUAUAUUGUGAUGUGCCCCAAGCUGAGAGGAAGGUUGCCUGUACAUCUUCCUUCGUUAGUCAAACUUGAGAUUAGUGAAUGUUCACACCUCGAGUCUUCGCUCCCCAUAGACUUGUUCCCAAAACUUACCCGCCUGGAUAUAAUAGGGUGUAAGGAUUUGGAAUCUCUUGCAGUCUCAGAACAGCAUGAACAUGAUGGAAUAACAGACCUCAACAGCUGUCUCCAUACGUUAAUAAUUAAUCGUGGCCUCUCACUUAUUUCCCUUCCUAGGGGUGAUUCGCUCUCUGCAUUGAAAAUGCUUUUGAUCAAUGACUGUAAGAAGUUGGAGCUCCCCAUGCACCGGCAAUAUUCAUCUCUCAGCAAAUUGUCCUUGACAGCUUCAUGUGAUUCUCUCACAUUCUUUCCAUUAGACCUAUUCCCAAAGCUGAAGAGUAUCGAAAUUUACGGGUGUAUGAAUCUGGAAUCUCUUGAGCAACACGGACGCGAUUCAGUGAUAUCACAAAUUAAAAUCCAUAAUUGUCCUAAUUUUGUAUCUUUUCCGAAAGGAGGAUUGCGUGCCCCUGCCCUUACAAAGUUUUCAAUAGGAGGUUUUAAGAGUCCGUGGUCAAUGCCGGAUAAGAUGCACCUGCUACUUCCGUCUCUUCAAUCUUUGGAGAUACUAGAAUGUCCAGAAGUUGAGUCGUUUCCUGAAGGGGGAUUGCCUUCCAACCUGAAGGAAACUACGAUCUGCAGAUGUAACAAACUCAAUGAGAGCCGGAUGGGAUGGGGUUUACAAAAACUUUCAUCUCUUCUAUCUUUGAAAAUCGAUGGCGAAACAGAAGAUGUGGAGUCUUUUCCAGGGAUAGGGUUGCUGCCCUCCAGCCUGACGCAUCUUGGAAUCUAUGAAUUUACACAUUUGAAAUGUUUGGACAAUGAGGGGUUUCAACACCUCACUUCUCUUCAACAACUGGAGAUCAGUGGCUGCCCCAACCUCAAGUACAUGCCAGAAGAGGGCUUGCCUGCCUCCCUUGACAUAUUAAAUUUAGGAGACUGUCCUGUGGUGAGAGAACGCUUGCAAAGGCCAGCAGGAAAGGAAUGGCGCAAGAUUACUCGCGUCCCCAACGUAUUCAUUGGUAAGAGCCCCCCGACUUUUAACCAUUUAUUUACUGUUCUAUUUUGCCAUUGCCAAUUGUUUUGCUCACUUUGGAAACUUUCUUUGGUACCCAUCGGUUCCGCCCAUAAUAUCAUGAUCAGAGAUUUGGGAUCGGGGAGAUCUGAGCACUUUGUACAUGACCGGCAUUGAACAAUCUCUUACAACUAAACUGCCCAGCAGAUGUAUGGUGGCAAAGACAGAUGUAUUUCAGCUUUAUACGGCUGGGUACCUAUAUAUAUAUAUAUAUUUCUCUCGUCUCUUUUUCAUAUAUUCUGGGAGACGAGGGGAUGCAGAUCAAAACACUGGAGAAAGGAAAUAGGCAAAGAAAAGGACCCGCUUGAUUCCUAACAGCCUUGCUAUCUGUCCUAAUAAGUUAUGAGCCUAAUACAUCAGGCAGUUCAAUUGUUCACCUCUCUUGAAGACUUGUGCACCUCUGUUGCGCCAUUCUUUUGUCUUUGCCAUUGCUUCUUCAAUAAAGGAGAAUCGAAGAUAUACAUCUAAAACAGGUGAAUAAGUCCUUGUGAAAAAAGUACAUUCACAACAGGUGACUGAAUGAAGGGAGGCAAAGACAUAUUCAGCUAGAUUUUACAUUAUCCGUAUAUUCCUAUCACUUUCUCCUUAUGCUUUCUUUCUCAUUUCUCAUUUCUUUUUCAUUUAUAAUUUCCCAAUAUUAUAUUUUUUUUUCCAUUUUGUUUGAUAAAUCGUAUUGAAAACUUUUCAUUUACAGCAUUUAGAAGAUCUAAGAGCUGCGAUUACAGUACAUCAAGCAGAGGUGAGCAUACAUAUGACUCUGGUGUCACGGCAAAAAUCUUGACAUACACAAUUCAUCUUAACUGAUUGGACUUAGAUGCAUCAACAUGAUUGCGGGGAAAUCUUAUCAUCAACUCUUAAAUUUGGUCAGAAAAUGUGGGUUUGGAAUUACCAGUCAGUAUAUUUUCUACUCAAAGCUGCUACGUGAGAACAUGUAAUCAGAGGAUUUUCUCGUGGCUAAUGUGGGAUCCAUGUCAAGGUGACUCGUGAUGUUAAUAUCCAGAGGGCACUACACCAAUUUGAAGCUACUGCAAUUUCUAAUCCCAUCAACUAUUAGAAUUUAUGGAUGAGAAAGCUGUGUGGGUUGAAACAUUCGAGUGCAUUGGAUUGUGAAGUCAUAAUGCGAACCAUUCAGUUUCCAAAAUGAAAUCGGUCAACCAUUGGGACAGUCAUACUUAAAUGUUGAUGGGAAAUCUGAGUGUGUUGUGAUGCUGAUAUAAAUUCUGUAACAAGUUUUAUUACUUCACAAUGUGGUGAAUAAUGUACAAAUACCAUGGCGGAGGUAGGAACUAUUUUAGAUGGCUUGUAACUCUGUAUGAAGUUUCACUUGAUAGU